AUGUCGAAUAAAAAAAUUAUUCCGAUUAAAAAAUUUCCUGUGUUAAUUGAUGAUGAUGAAAUAACUGGCGUGCCGAUAGAUUCAGAUGCAUUCAAUGAUCGAUUUUAUCAAUCGAGACAACAAGCCAUUAACAAUGAAUUCUAUCGAACAACAAUCGAUAAAUGGAAACCGACAUCUGUGAAUGAAUUAAAAUCGUUAAUGAUAAAAUUUUGUUUUAAUAAAUAUCUUCUUGAUCAAGCAUGGAUUAUAUUUUAUUGGAUAUCACAAAAUAUUGACUAUGAUAUUGUUUCCUAUUUUAGUGAUCGUUUACCUAAUCAAGAUAUUGAAAGUGUAUUUAAAACACGAAAAGGUGUUUGUUCGGGAUUUGCAACAAUGUUUAAAACAUUGGCUGAUUGUAUUCAAUUAUCAUGUCAUGAAAUUAGUGGUAAUACAAAAGGUUUUGGUUAUUCUGUAAAUAAUCAAGUUAAAAAAUUUGAUCAUAGUGAUCAUGCUUGGAAUACAAUUGAAAUAAAUCAUCAUUUAUACUUAAUUGAUUCAACAUGGGGUUCUGGUCAUAUAGAUAAUAAACGGCAAUAUAAAAAAGAAUUAAAUCUCUUUUAUUUUUGUAUUCGACCAGAACAAAUAAUUUACAGUCAUUUACCAGAAAAUUCAAAAGAUCAAUUAUUACUGAAACCACUAACAAUGAAACAAUUUUUAAUAUUACCAAAAGUUUAUUCAUAUUUUUUUGAUUUUAAUUUAAAAAUAAUAUCACCAAAAAAUACUUGUCAGGCAGAAAUGAAAUCAAAUGAAUUUUGUUCAGAAAUAUUAAUAAAAGCACCCGAUAAUAUUCAUUUAUCGUGUAAAAUAAAAAAGAUCAUCCAUAUGGAACAGAAAAUAAUCAAUGGAGAUUUUAUACAAUAUGAUAAUAAAAAUAAAUUGUGGCAAUGUUUAUUUGCACCAAAUGGUGUUGGGAAUUAUGAAUUAACAGUUUAUGCAAAACAAUCAAUUGAUACCGGUUAUUAUCAUGGUGCUGUUGAGUUUAAUUUAAAUGUUGAUGUUCAACAACAAAAUUUUACAUUUCCUACACAGUAUGCUUUGUUUAUGCAAAAGAUGUGUCAACUAUUUGAACCAUUGAAUGGAAUAAUUAAACGGGCUUCAAAAAUAACAAUUCAUUGUUUUAUUCCUAGUGCACAAAGUGUGAUGGUAAUUGUUAAUGAAGAAUUUUUAGAUGAAGAAGGGUAUGACAAGGUCACUGGAAUAUUUAAACGUCAAAUCAAUACACCUAAACGUGGUGGAACUGUUGGUAUAUAUGCAAAAUUUGAUAGUAAAAAUAGAGAAAAAUGGAUAAGUGGAUACUGGAGAAGUCUGAGCACUGACUAUCCAGGCAGGGACCUGAAGACAGAAUUAAGAUCAACGGUUGUUUAUCAAUAUUAUGUUGGAGCAUCAGCAUUAAAAUAUCAACUUCAAGCAAGUUAUUCUCCACUUGCUGUAUAUUAA